UUUUCAAUUCAUUAAAAUAACUUAAAAUGUCUAAACUUGAUAUCUUGUCAUUUUUUAAAUUUUCAUAAAACUUACGCAAACAUAAACCCGAUGUAUGGACAGCCGCGUAAUGCGAUAAAGAUACUUCCGAUUUAUUAGUUUAAAGCGAUAAUUCGCACAUUUAUUGCAAUAUCAUAUUUAUUCGAAGAGAGCUUACAUAUUUAUUCAAAGAUAGCCUAAAUGAUAGACUACAAUAAAAUGAUGAAUUUCACAACCUUCAAUCUUUGGAUUUUUUUUAUCAUAUGCAGGAUAAUAUUAAUGCAAAAAUGCUUACCUUAUUUCUACGUAUUUUCUUUAUUGACGUAAGACAAUAAUUGUCUUUUAUUACAAUUGCUUUAAGGAUUCAAAUCUAAUAUACAAAUAAUAUUUAACAGUCAAUUUCAAAUAAAGCAUGGCGCAUGCGUACUACUUCCCCAUAAUUGAUAAUCAUCAACUAUCAUCUAGCAAUAUGAAGAUAGAGUGUAAACUUGAAUUAUAAAUAAGGCAGUAGACGAUCAGAUCCUGAUAGUCGAUAUCCAAAUUUGAUUGGUUGAUUUCCUCCAUACAUUUUGCUACGUUUACAAAAUUACAAACUUUCAAAUGUAGGAAUUUCAAAUUUUCAAUUUGGAAUUGAAACCAGAACCAAAAUUGGGCAUCAAUGUAUUUCCUCUCCCCGCAAUAUCAUCUUAUUAAACCCACCUAACAAUAGGACAAAAUUAUUUGUACUCAAGCCAUUCACAAAAAAUUAGAUUUCUGAAUAUUUAUCAAGUAGAAUAUUGAACCGGUAGGAUUACGCGAAAUUUAUUCGAGAUUUUUCAAGAAUACGCGCGCUGGUGUUUGAUUGGCUGCCUUGGCCGCUGACGCGUUCGCUGUGAACUUAGUUGCAAAUUAGCCGUGCGAGCUACCGGCUGUCACAUGCAGCCACAGUUGUACCGUCGACACUUGGCGGUGCGUCGUUCCAUUUCGGUCUGUCACGAUUGUUUCUAUCAGUUCGGUUUUCACGACCAUCAUUUUGUAUCGGUUCGCGUCAGUUGACAGAAGUUUGGUUAUCGAUAUGACACGCAUCGGUACACGGUGGCAGUGCAGUGGUAACGGGCGAAUCGGAACGGUACAAGGCCGCGUAGGCGCAUCGUUAUGAAAGGAAGCUGUCGUUGUUCGUGAACGCGAACCGAAUAUCCUGCUUUGACGCGUACACACGUUGCACUGGGAAGAUCGCUGAAUCUUGGUGUCUCGCUAAAAGGAAACACUGAAAGUGUCAUUUGGGAGGGACUGCUAUAGCAGGACAAACUGUAUCCAGGCAAAAAGGGUGAGAUCAUUGGAACAAGUACGAGAUUCGGUGCAUCGAGCCACGGAAAGAGCAAAGUUGGAUGCAUCAGGGAAAAUUGGGGUGGAUCGGUUGGUUCGUCGUAACAAAGAGGGUGCUUCGGUGUCCGUGGUGAUCGUGAAUAGGCAAUAGGCGACCCUCGUUCUCGGCAAAAGGCGUAAAAAAGGAGGAAGGUUGUUCGACGCAGCGUGCCGGCGCGGCGUUUCGAGUGCUGGUAGCCGUGGACGGCUACGCGACCAUCCUAACCGCGGGGGAAGCUAGCGCAUGAAUGUAUUGGAAGCGGUGGGCACGUCUUGGUCGUCGUCGCCGUCGCUGUGAUCGCCGUGAAAACGGUGUUACGCCGUGGACGUCACCGAUAAGAUUACACCGAUGGCCCGCCCGAUUCGAUGGUAUUCGUGAUCGCGGUGCGACAGGAACCGCGUCGAGGAUGCCGCGAACGUCGUCUGCGCGCAGAAGGAUGGCGGGCUUCGAGAUGACCGUUUCUGUCGAUAGUGGCGAAAGGAUCAAGUAAUCGAAAGGUGAGAAAGCCACGGCACGGGCGAGAGGUGAGCAGAAACCCCGGAGGUUACACCUCCGAGAAACGAGUAUCUUCGUUCGAAGAUGAACUCCAUGGUAUAUACCCUAUACGGGUUCGCGAUAUUCUUCAUGAUAUUUUGGUCGGUUAUGUGGAUCGUUCACGCACUGGCUCUGAUAGUUGGACGGUGGAAGCUGCACCGUAAAGUUACUCAAUUACCGACCUACGAGACGCCGUUGCCCGGCGUGUCGAUCAUAAAACCGCUGAUGGGCGUUGAUCCGAAUCUAUUCAGUAACUUGGAGACAUUCUUCACCAUGCAAUACCCUCGUUACGAGCUACUAUUCUGCGUGGAGGACGAUUCGGACCCAGUGUUGAUGUUGGUGCGUAAAUUGAUCGAGAAGUAUCCGGAGGUAGACGCAAAACUUUUCAUCGGUGGUUGCAACGUGGGCGUGAAUCCGAAAAUCAACAAUAUGCAGCCGGCGUACGAGGCGGCGAAACACGAGUUAGUGUUGAUCAGUGACAGUGGUAUCAAGAUGAAGGAGGACACUCUGUUAGACAUGGUUAAUUAUAUGACCGACAAGGUCGCGUUGGUACACCAGAUGCCGUUCACCUGUGAUCGCGAGGGUUUUGCGGCCGCUUACGAGAAAAUCUUCUUUGGCACGGUGCAGUCGCGUAUGUACCUCGCCGCCGAUUUACUCAGGAUAAACUGUCACACGGGUAUGUCCGCGUUGCUGAGAAAAGCGCCUCUCGACGAGGUCGGCGGAUUGAAGAAGUUCGGUGUAUAUCUCGCCGAAGAUUUUUUCUACGCGAAGUCAUUGACCGACCGGGGUUGGCGCAUCACCGUAUCCUCGCAGCCGGCUUUGCAAAACAGCGGUCACUGCGAGCUGCAUUCUUUCCAAGCGAGGCUACGAAGGUGGGCGAAGCUGCGAGUGGCUAUGUUACCUACCAUGAUUAUUCUCGAGCCGUUGAGCGAGUGUUUAGUGUUAGGUGCCUGUGCUUCCUGGGCGGCUAGCGUACUCUUUGAGUGGGAUUCUCUGGUUUUCUACUUGGUGCAUAUACUCUUGUGGUUCAUGUUGGACUGGACGCUGUUGUGCGUCGUGCAGAACGGUCCGUUGCCGUUCAACAAAUUAGAAUUCGUUUGCGGGUGGUUACUCAGUGAGAUCACCAGGCCCUAUCUUUUCCUUCAGGCGGUUCUAGAUCCUCUCAUACAGUGGCGAUCGCGCGUUUACAAGCUCAGGUGGGGUGGUGUCGCGGAAGAGGUUAAGGCGAAAGUCAAGUAUUAAAUAGCGCGUGAACAAAAUUCUUAUAUUAGGUUGGCAACUAUAUUUGCAAUCUUUUCAUUUAUCCUCAUCACUAAAGAUUAACGUUGGUGUAACAAAGAUUUUUAGUGGACCGGAUCUUCUGAUUGUACCAAUAGCGUUAACGCCCUACACCGACAUUACCAAACGGUUUUUGCAAAUUUCAUUUUUGUAUCUGUAUAUCUGAGAAAUUUGAUAAGUUAAAAAAUUUUAAAUCUUUAGUAUGAGAUUUUGCCUUACAUCCUCCACGUUACAUGGGAAAGGCACAUCCUCCUAGUUGCAUCAAUGAUUUAGUGCUUACAUUGAUCAGCAAUUUGUGUUAACAUUUCAUGAGGUCCGCGAACUUGGUUACCAACCUAAUAUACUCGUUAUUGUUUUUUAGUUUCCUCUUUCCUAUUUCUUUCCUUUAAUUGAUAGUUUAAGAUCGACAUCUACAACGUACAACGACGUGGGUGUAUUGUAAUAUAUUCGACAUACUAUGCUAUUACGCAUAUAGUACUUAUUAUAGAUGUAUUACGUUAGAUGAGUAAAAAAACAUGCUGUACACGCAAACCUUGUAACAAAUAGGGGGAUGCCCGCGUGCGCGCGCACCUACACAAGCACGCAUAUACGUGAAUAUGACGAUCGUACGACACGUACCUACGCACGUGCGCGUGAAAAUAAUUUUUAAUUGUUUAGCAUAUCAUCUCCGUCAUUUCGUUACGAUACACUCACUAUUCGUGCAAUAUUAUAAAAGUGCUUCGUUUUUGUAUAGAUCAUGUUACAAAAUAAUAUUUGUUUGCUUUAAUUUUUUUUCUAAAUUCUCGCUCGAAACGAGGUUAACUUUGAGUCAUUAAUCGUAACAUGCGCGUGAAAUUAGCGAUAUAUUCUACUAGAACGAGAAGUCAAGAUAUAGUGCCAGAAUCAACAUUAACGUCUUGUCGACGUAGCACUAAUCGUUCUCGAAAUACACGCUUAUUUUCAUAUGUGAUAUCUAUACAUUCAAUGUUACGUUUAAUAUUUCAGUUUCUCGCUAAAAUUUGUUAACACGUUUUACAAAGCUCUAAAUAUCAAUCGGUACACAAUCGCAAAUCGUUAACAUUCGAAUCAAUCAUUUUAAAUAGCGGUAAUAUUCCUCGUUGGCACCGCAUAAUUUUUAAAUUGGUGAAAGUGGAAUCGAGGAAUGUAUACGUGCGUUGGUAAAUACGGCUAGUUAAAUAAUAAAUGGAGGCGUUAUUUAAAAUACAUCCGGUAUGAAGAUAACGGUAUUGAAUUUUGCAAUAUUUAUAUCGAACAAACUUUUAGCAAAUAACGAUUCGUACAUAUCGUUCUCAGGAUCUAAGAUUAUUUAACGGUAUUAAAAUUUGUAUUAAGCAAGAUCUUAUAUCUUGACGAGUCACACCAGGUAUAUAUCACGUACAAACGUUUCUUUAUAUUAUACCUUUCGUAUCAGUAUUAUUACAAGAAAUUAUCUAAUCAAAGAAAAUCGUUGCUAUGAUAAUUUUGAACAAUUUUAACUGUAAUUUUCUACAAGUACUUAAUCAUUUUCUCCUUCUAUAUGCUACUUCCUAAUCAUCUUUUUUUGCAUCAUGAAAAACUGUGUUUAUCAGAAUAUUUAUUAACUACUUCUGUUUCAUUUUUAAAAGCCAGAAAAAGUUAGGAAACUUCAUUACAGGAACACCGGUGGGCAUUGUAGGCUUAAAUCACCCUAGUUGGGUAUUUGAUUAGAACUUUAAUUUGGGAUUACAUGUUUUGAAAAUGUGUAACAUAUUUAAUUUUUAAAAGCCUACAUUGCAUCCGAGUGUACUUAAACAAUUCACAGUUUGAUACAAAGGUUUUGCAAGUCUUGAUAAUAUAGAAACAAAUGGUUCCUUGCUUUUCUACAUUCCUAGCGUGUCACGUGCGUUACAACGAUCGCGAUUGCGUGCUUCUCAGCGAAACUAUCAACUCUUUGUUUUUCGUUCGUUAGAGGAUAUUAGGACCAAUUAUCCUCUUCGUAAUCAGUGUGAAAAAAUAUGCCAUUUUUGUUAUGUUUCAUGAAUCAUGAUUGGAAAACAUGCGGUGAAAUGAUUAUUCCAAGGUUUACUCGCCAUCGUAUCUUUCUGCGUUUCUCUUUUUGCACGAUUUACGUUACUGCAUAACGUUGGGAAAUGACCCUGGAAAAAAAUAAGCAUAUCAGCUAUUAAUGAUACUCUAUUUUAAAUUGUUACAAUAUUUAACAAUCAUGAAAUAAAUUGUAAAUUAAUUUUAAUAUUUGUCUUACUAUAUUUCUGAAAUUAAAGAAAAUUAAUUUGAAUUUUUAAUAAUUUUUUUUUACGAACGAAGAGUUGAAAGUUUUUAUCCAACGCUUAGCAAGGCGAGUUUCUAAUUUCCUUCGUUAGUUUACCCUGACGAAUAAGUUACUUAAAAGACAAGUCGUUUAGCGUGUUCACGAAAUAGACUACAGGUGAUUUAUCGUCAUCGAAUAUUUAAGAUUGUAAAUAUGGAGAGAUCUUCCGAAUUUGCGUUGAUACAGAUAGAACGAUAUCUAGAAUCGCGGGAAAUGUUAUCAAGCUCGGUGAGAAGUUGCAGAUUCAGCAAAUGUUUUGUACAACGAGAGACGCUUAACGACAAAAGUGAAUCUAAAGCUUUUGAACCCUGACACUUUCAUCAGUCAAAUGGUCAAUUAAUUGUGAUACUUAUAUACUGUCGUUUACCAGUAUGCGGCCAAUAACUGCUUAACCCACUAUCGCAUGUCGGAUUUCAACAAAUAAAGCACGCGUUUAAUUAAAACAAUCGAGCAGUUUUUUAAGCUUUUUGCCGCAUUUUUUUUUACUAUUCGCUGUAAAAUUUUGUCAUUGAAAAUCAUUUGUCAUGAAGUUAGAUUUUAGGGCUUGCAUUCCAAUUGAAAAAGUUCCAUUACCAUUUUUUAACACUUUGAUGGCCCACAGCAUUUCGUGGAUUUCCUCUUCUCUUGCCAAUUUAACUUCAUGUUUCUGUAAAUAUUUUUACUUAUUUUAUUUAUCUGAUUUAACAUUUAAUUAAUUUUAAUUAUUAAAUUACCACACAGACAGUAAACAUCCAUCGAUGAUUCUGCUUUCACAAUUCCUAUUGGCUGCUGAAAUUCUACAUUAUAUUUGUACCUGCAAAAUUUGUUAUAAUUAAUAAUCAUGAAUAUGUGACGUUGGUCAUCAAAGUAUUAAUAUAAAUAUGUAUAUAUGUAUUUUCUAAUGUUAAGAAUUAUACUUUCGUCGAAAUUCUUCGAAUGUAUAUUUUUUGUAGAAUUUUUUUCUAUUUAAAUAUAUUACAAUUUCAACUUAGCCCACGCGAAUUUUGCUCAAUAUCCACAUCGAGUGCAAUUCAUUUUUAUAUAAAGAGAACGCGUCGAUUGAUGGAGCAAUCGCAAUAACGUUUAUUCCUCGUGGAUUAGACCGUGAACGCUGUCCUUUUUUUCAUUUUACGACUUAUGCUUUGCGAUAAAACUCAAAAUAUUGCCUACCUAACCACUUUGAUUUAUCGAAGGAAGCGCUGUCAUGCCGCCAUUAUUUAUGCCGCUUGCAAAUUCCCUUGAUUUUCAUUGGCGAUUCGGGUCGAUAUAUCGAUUCGUUUGCGGCGAUCGAGGUCCUCAGAAAACCCGCGAAAUUUAAUUUCCAUUAUGGUCAUUCUCCUUCAUUAUUGAAAAUUCUGUCAAAAAAAUAAACGAAUAAAAUUAUUUUGAAUUACUAUUUAAAUAACUAAUUAAAUCGAACGAUAAUUUGGAAGAAAAAACGGUUCAAAAGUAGAGCAGAAAGAUUAUCUAGUAAAGUGCAGUUCUUAGAGGUUCUAAAAAUAAAGCCGAAAGAUUAGAACGUUUCAAUGAGAGGAAGCAAAACGUUUAACCAGGACAAUAUCGAGAAAUCUCGGGAAGAUUGCUUCGCAGCGCUCAAAGGACGCUCUUUGAAGUUGUCACGCUAUGUUCCUAGAUGCGAUUAAAAUUUACUAGAUACCUCCGGUGCAUUUCACUCCGGUAAAAAGUUGAAUUUAAACGAAAGAGAAACCGUAUUUGUAGAACCGGGAAAAUACACGGAUAAAACUUCGUGUUAAAGAUUUCUUCACAGUGAUUCACGAUAAAUCUUUUAUCAAACAUUUUAUUGAUUUUCUUUCGGUUAUCGUUUUGAACUCAAUUACUACAGUUGUGAUACACGCUUUUAUUUUGUUUUGCUUGCAUAAAGUUUUUUAUCGCACUUUACUCAUAAACAUAUAUUCAGUAAAUACAAAAAACUAUCUUUCUCAUUGUUCUAUGAAAAUUGAAUUACAUCGAUGUGUAUUCAGCUAUUGUGGCUUAGUGAAAAUAACCAGAAAUUUUUAACCUAACCUGAGAAAUCCUUUAAACUGAGAGCGCACAAAGACUUUGUUGUGGAAUUACUAAACGUUUUCCCUGGAAUAAGAGAUCAGGAUGAGGAAACGGGGAAAAAUAAAAUUCCAUUAAUAGAUAUUUCCGUGGCAGCUUGUAAUGGCAAAGGUCGCAGGCUCAAAUCCCGUUCGUUUCCUUUUACACGGAUUCUCUAAUCCUUUCCAAAAUAAUUCUCCUCCAAUUGCGUCAAUGAUUUUUUUCUACCUAAUCGAAUUUCCACGGAUGAGAACGCUGCGCGUGUUCCAUGUAAACCAAAUCUAGAGGUAAUAAAGCGAUAUCGGAAAUUCGAUUUAUGGGCGUGUGCGCAACAAUGCUCGUGUUAUACUGAACUUCACAUGUACACGUAUAAGUGUAAGCAAAGUUACGUAAAACAUUCGAUGAACUUCUUCCGUUUUUCUCAGAAAGUGUACAAUUAUGCGAUUGAAACGUGACGCAUUUUCAAUUGAGCAUAAAUUAACCUCUUAGUAUGUUUUGACGAGUCAUGCGUGACGCAUCGACAGUUCAAAUGUCGCACAUUUCUCUCGCAUUAAUUUUCAGUUUAAUUCCAAUUAUAAUAUCUCAAGGUUCAAUAUAAAACUUUCUUCAUUUCCUUCAGUUUUAACUUUCCUCAUUCGUUUCAAUAUUGUACCUGUAAAUAGUUUGGUUAUGACUAACGCAUCUGACAAAUAAAUCGUGCGUUGAGAGGUUAUGCGUGAUAAAGUGACUCAGGCCUGAUUGUUCUUUAUCGGAAUAUCUCAAACGGAAGAAAGAUAAAAUAAAUUUAGUCAUCGUUUUAAUGACGAUUACCAAACAGAUGAAUCUUGAUUGCUCCACUUCAUUUAUUCGACAGUUCUUUAAUUUGAAGAGUCAAAGUACAUUAGCAAGUCCAAUAAAAUGUUUUCGAAAGGCCUAUGUGUUUGUCCUAAAACAAAAGAUUCCAUGAGUUCGGAAAAAGAGGCGGCUAUACCUCUACGCGUAUCGGUCAUAUCUGUCCGCGUGCGAUUACGUGCUCACGCAAACGUCCGCGCUAUAUACGAUCAAUCCGUACACGUAAGAACGAAUCAAACCCCGAGUCUCGUUUACUAUCAUUACAUAAUUGAACAGCGUCCUCGAGCUUACCUUGUUCGCUAGACUAAUAAGCAUCGUCGUUUGACGUAUAGAACGUAUAGAACAUAAGAACACCUGAAUGAACAUUGUUUUUGCUAUAGCGUUCAAGACUGACGACGCACCACGUGCGUCUCAUGCUGUCCUACGUGUGACGCAUUGUGUUCUAUACAAAGAUCAAUAUCAAUACUUAGAGAUGAGAUAUAUAGAGAUAAAAGUAUAUAAAAAUGAAAGUUGACGUUUGUGGUGGGUUAAAAACUUACCGAGAGAUCCCUCGAAUUUGAAUAAGUUUUUAUACGACGUAAUUUAACGGGUAUUUGACAUUGAAGUCUUGAAAGUCAAAAUAAUAUACGACGGAAAUUUUUCUUCCAUUGUCUGCUGAGCGAUUCAUUUUAUUUGCAUGCAUAAUUCAUAGAAACGAGCGGUUUACGUAUCAAUUCGAUACUCUCGGGAAUACCACGCGACGUUCGCUUUUCGUUUUUUGUGUUACGAUGUUGGACGAUCUUCAUCGAGAGUUGCCGAAAGGCUCGUGCAUCUUCCUUGAGCGAAUUGUACGAAUAUAGCCAAAUAUAUUGGCACAUUUGUAAUAUCGCGGUCUAUCAAUACUUUUUGGCUAGUUUGUUAAUUGCUAUAGUAGCGUCUUUUUAAAUCUAUUAUUAGGGGACAACGUCCCGUACGGUUUAAAUGGGAUUGCAAGCUGAAAUAAUCGUAAAGUUUCAAUGACAAUUUCACCACUAUGCGUCCGCGUUACAUGACUCACUGCGGCUUUAUUGUAGUAUUGACGAAACUAAUUCUCCAAGCACGAUAAUCAACAAACUUGAACUAGUACUCUUCAUUGAUAACACAAUUCCAUUUCUGUUCUAUGUCUUCGUUUAUCUUCGUCGUGAUCGAAACUCUUCAUGGUCAUAAUAAAAAAUGAAAACAAGGAAGGAUCCGCGAUGAAUACUUUCUGUUUCUACUGUCCGCGUUGCUCCAGCAUUCUUCGAGCGCGUAAUCGAUAGUCGAAAUUCUAUAAUAUUAAAUCGAAACGAUUGUGUAACUUUUAUCGAGGAACAAAAAUGUUUACAGAGAAUCUAUCUCGCAAUAAAUGUAGACGACGGUCGCGUGGAUUAAUGGAAUCAAGUCACAAAGCUUUAGAAUUAGAAUUUAAGUGUAAAACAAUUAACGAGCAUCGCGGAGAUGAUAUGCUACGAAAACAAUGCGCGCGUAAUUAAUCGAAGUAUAAUUUGAAAUUCAUAGCAAUAGAAGCAAUGUACUUCUAAUUCGAAUCACAUGUUUCAAAGCCCAAAGUAUAAAUGAUACACAAUUUGAGAUACUUGUAAAAUUAAAAAUUAGUCUUUAACGCUUGAUCUACAGUUAGGUGUUAGCACCUAACCUGUAUAGUGCGCGCGCAUGCGCACGCGCACGAAACUUUACGGCAUUACGAAAAAGAGGGGAUUAAUAUUCGUUCUUUUUUAAUAUUUAUUACUGGGUUUUUCACGUAAUUAGCUACGCAAUCGCGACGCGUACAUAAAAUUAGUAUUAUUCGUGCAUAAUUAGGGAGGGUCUAGAACUUCCGGAGUUCGAUCUGCAUUGCAGUAAAAGAUUCCCAUUUUAUCAGAUAACCGUUAUCGGCGAAUAAUAUCGGUAUGGAAAUUUUGUUGAACUUUGAUCAGAGAAUCACAUUUUUUUUCGAAAAAACUUUUUUAAAUUAGUAAUACGCCGACUACAUUUUCCUCAAUCUCUCGAACUGCUGCAUAAGUUCUACUAAAAACGUAACAUGCUUUUCUAACUCUCUCCAAAUUAUAUAAUACUAUUUUUGAAUCGGCUGUUGAAAUUUGUAUCUACUCUAAAUAUUUUUAAACUCUUUAGAAAAAAAUUGCUGACAGAAUUUAAGCAGCAAUCGAACAAAAAUUCAUUUCUACAAAAACUCGAAUAACUACAGUGUUUCAAUUAAUCGACUAACUGCGUUUAUUUAGAUCGAACUGUCUUAUGAAUCGAACGUGUUCGAUUGUCGAAUCACGAUUUCUUGUGAUGUUUCUAGAAAAGUACAGAUCGAUAAAAGAUCGAUUAUCGUCGAUUCAAUAAGACACUUUGAUAACCUCAGGGCCUGCUUGCUUUGUCUGUGCUCCUCGCAUUUCGCGAAAAAUCUCGAAAAAAAUCGACCAGUAGUUUGUAAGUGUGCGAAGGUGUGUGUGGGGGAAGGGGUAGGGUAGAGGGUAUUCUUAAGGGAGAUUCAAAACGUGGCCAAGCGGAAGCAGCUGUGAUCCGCUUAGAUAGAAUUUCCGCGCCUUAUGUAAUAUAUGUCAUCGCUACACGUAGCCGCGUCCAGUGGAUGUACAUUUACGAAAGCUCUAAAUCCGUUUUAUUCUAUACCCGGUGGUGCAAAGGAACACUCGAUAAUGAUGCUGCUGGCAAUAAACGUAACAACCGCAAGGAGAGAAGUCCGAAACGCUAAAACAUUAAGAUAAUUUUUAUUUUUAUUUAUACAUGUGUGUAUAUUAUUUAAUAGAUAUAAUAUUAAUUUCCCGGAUAUUGGUGAUCGUCAUGAAAUAAUAUCGAUUUUCAUUCGUAAUCAUUGAACAAUAUGUACAUAGACAUGUAAGCGUGAAACAUCAAAGACUUACCGACACUUUUUUAUAAUAUACUUCAUUUGAUGUAUGUAUAUGUUACUGUAAACGUGAGCAAUGAACUUGAAAGUUUCAUAGAAGCAUCUUCGCUGAUACUAAAAUUUAUGACCAAGUAAAUGUAUAGAAUUUUAUGCUUUUACGGUAACAUAUAUAUAACCGUUUCUUUUUGCGCCACCCGGUACAUACUUAGAUACGGACUCGUUAUAGUUUACUAGUCAUUUUAUUCACGUUCUAAGUUACUCCCGUCGUCUCGUGAACAAUUUAAAUCUCCCACGAAAUCGGCCGAGUUUGGCGGGAUUUGAAGGUUCAAGGGAAACGAUUCGUCCGCGACGCCCACGCAGUUAUCGACUGCGAACAAUUUAAACCCUGUUUGGCAAUUGAGCACAACUGAGUCGGUUGGAAUUUGAAUACUUGACGCGUUUCCUUCGUCGAUGCUUUUUCCUUUUUCUCGCAUUGUCUUUAUGUCGUUAGAAUUCACAGGUAGUCUACACGCACCGAAGAAUUCGAUUACGGCUGCGUGAAAUCGACGAGCGUACCGAAUCCAUUCUACUUCCGGUUUCAUUUCGAUGCACGUUGUUUACGUUGACGAGCGAAAUCGUUUACGGGUAAUGAAGGCAUUAAGGCGAACACAAACAUUAACAUUAACAAGAACGGAAAACGAGUGAACGAUUCGUAUCCGAGUAAUCGAAGAUAGGUUAUCUUGAAAUGAUCACAACUUGUAAUCGAUUCCUCGAUUUUGUAAAUCGAGGUGUUUGAUUUGUCUGCGCAUGCGCACUUGCAUACGAAUCGUUCAGCGACUUUUCUCGACUCGAUCCUAUUACCGUCAUCGCCAGUAAGCUAGGUUAAGAGGAUUUUAAAUCGUGUUAUUACGCGUGUGGGCGUCCAGUCUCGUUAAACGUUUACGUCGAAAGACUUCUCUAAGCGUCGUGUAAUCGUAGACAUCAUUGCACAGCGUGCGUUAAUGCAGUUUACAAGCAGAUAUUCUCCCCGAAUUUCGCCGGUUGACACAUGUCAGGAGAAUGUGCGUACGACUUUUUUACCAUCAGAACGCAUUAUUUUAUAUCUGCGCAUGCGCUCACGCAUGCGUGCGCGCUAACUAGUGCAGAACCAUGUAAAAGUCGGCGAGUUUACCGCCGCUUCGGAACAAGUUGAAGAGAGAAAAUAAAAAAGGAAAGAGUCCUCAUGAAUAUGGAUUCGGUAUUUGUCGAACCACCAGUCGAUGAUUCAUCGAUUCUUCGAAUGGCGAUCCGCAUUCUUGCAUUUUUGUUUUGAAUCUUAUUUACUGGCUGUUGAUUUCAUUUGUAUACGGGGUUUUCACAGAUGUGUAAUACACCCGUAAUAGGCCUACCGUAGAGAUUCGAUAGAUCGAUGAUAAAACGAGGAUCUGCGAAGCACGCCUUUCUAUCGGAUUACUCCGAACUAAGAGCUAUUUUCAGUUCCUUUUAAUACUGUGAUACAUUUGAGGAUUAACGAAACGAGGUAAUUUGUUUCGACUUCUUUCAAUGUUCUUUUUCUUUCAAGAGUGAUAGAAAUUCUUAUAAGUUCUUUUUGUUACAUGGAUUACGACGAAGCGGUAAAAUGGUACAUUGUAUAUCGUGACAACGGUAAUGGAUAGAAUGCAAUUGCGAGAGAAUGGUAUGUACGUCACAAAAGGGCGGUUUCGUACGAAACUACAGCGAGACGUUUCACCUUUACGUUGAUUAACACUUUCGCUGCGAUAUACGAGACGUCAUUGGCUCGUACAUUAGUCUUACCGUAAUUUUUCACUUUUAAUGGUAAUUCACUCUGCUUCGAGUUGCAGUGUUAUUUAUCGCUUAAGAUAGUUUCAGAUAUAGCGGUUAUUAUCGUAGGAACAAUACACGCGUACUCACAUAUUAUUGCGGAUUUCUAUUUACAAAUGAAUCGGACGCACAUCUUCCAAACGAUUAGAUGAACCACCAUAUUCGUAGCGAACGUGUUAAAUGAAGAGAACAAAAGGUUAAUCGUGACCUUAAAGCUUGGAAGGAAAUAUACCGAAUAUCCAUAAACGUCUGCUGUUUGAAUCAACUGCUGAAGCUGAUACGGAAAGAAUGUAACAAAACUUUUAUCUUUUUUUUCCAGUUUUGAAAUGGCAGAAGUUUAUAAAUAUCCUGUAUAUACGUGUAUAGGUGCACGAAUGGGUCGUGCACACUUUGUAAUGCCAAUUGACUCGAAAUGUAUAGAACAUGAAAAAAGCUCAAGCGUGGACAUUUGUACGCCGUAAGGAAGCAAGAAGAUUGUAAGCAUUUUCCUCUUACGAUAAACACUUGUUACUCAAUUGUAGGUUCCAUGCUCUACCGAAUCAACGAUCGUAAUUUAUGUUCACGGAUAUGCACGCGUCGAUCUCAUCCUACCGAAAUCGUGCGAAAUUCAUUUGUAAACGUUCCUUUUUCUUUGUGUCCAAACGCGACAGCUUCAGCGUCCAGUCGGCCCUCCCUUGGUUUCCAAAUCAACUUAUGUAACACUAUUGGCGUAAUUAGGAAUUUAUUCUGGACCAGAUCUGGCAGCUACUGUUACAAUAGUACAAACGUUCCAUAUCUAAAUGACUUGGAAAUUUUGACGAUGUUUGACUUAACCUUUGUAACAUUUCUAAAUUUCUUAUACAAGAUGGCGCUGUCUUAUGUACGAGGGUUAGUUUUUUGGGGAAUCACUCUUAAUUACGCCAAUGUGACAGUGUAAAAUAACGAGUCUACGUAGAUAGAUACAGCAUUGCGUUGCUAUUAGAGGCGUGUAAUUCCGCGAGAUUAAUUCCUUAAUUUCUUUACUGCCAAAUAAAGCAUUGAAACGAUCGAAUGUACGCUCUAUCGAGUCUGUAAUAUUUGAUAGCAAUACGUGUAUCUACCGUCUGUUGGUGGAGCCUGAAACGUGACAUACAAGGAAGUUGCGUGCGUAUGCGUACGAGCGUGAGAGAAUGCGUGCAUGAUCGUCGGCUGGAUGUGUGUACAUUACUUGUUAGGUGUGAAACGUAAACGGACGUUCGUGUGUUCCGUGUCCGUGUGCACGAAUGACUUAGGCAUUAGCGAAUUAUUUAUAACGAAUUAAUCGCUUCGGAUUGCUUUUCGAUGACUGUUCAAGCACCUCCGGUUUUGUAUACACGUGAUUAUAUGCUAUAACAAAAUGGACAAUCUCGUAUCGUUUUUUCUAACUUAUCGAAAGUGUCUUCAGCAGCACAAUUUUAUAGCUGCGUCUGUCCUAUCGCUGUCAAAUUGUGUUGAAAUUACGUGCAACAAAUUCGCGCAUGCCUAAUGAAACAAACAAUGAAACUACAGUAGAAUACUAUUUUACCGACACGGACGUCCGCCAAAAAUUCGACGCAACUUUUCAACGAUUCUGUUUCGCAAUUAUUCGCACAUUCAGUUUCUUUUGUGAUCUCGUUCCUCGGAACAGACACGCACGAUUUUUUCUUUAACAUUGUGGUGGAAUGGGAUUAAACGAUCGGUUACUUGUUCAUAACUUCUUAUGUCACGCGAAACAUUGCCAAUUAUAGUUUAUAAUAAUUUAAUUCGAUGCGUACUAGGCGGGUUCAAGGUCGUUUAUCAUUUCACUAUGUUGUCCCGGUCAUAUCGUGAAAUGACGCUAGAGUCCGCCCGUGUUCAAAAGGUGAUAUAUACAUCAUCAAUAAUAAUAUUAAUAAUAAUAAUAUUAAUAAUAAUAAUAAUACGUUCAGAAAUACGUUCAACUGUACAUGUUUAUUAAAGUACCUGAAUGGAAACCAUUA